AUGGCUAUCUUGGGAACGGCGCUGAACGGCAUCGGCGCGCUCUUCCUCACACAUGCCGUCUACUCCACCCACGAACACACCGCAACCUUUGCCUCAACACCCCUCCCGCUCGACAUCUCGCUCGAACUCCUCACAUCCAUUCUCCUCCUAUCUCUCGGCAUCGUCCUAUCUUUUGCGCCGUUGAAACCGAUACAAUACGCACAAUGGGCGGGCCAACUCUCGAGACAAGGACGACACGGAGAGGGACAAUACACAAAAGAGGGCGAAGAGAUCUUGAGCGAAGGCGAUCCUUACGCAUUCCUGGGGCUAGAUGGCGGAAUCGCUGGGAAAGGCGAAGGUAGGAGGGGUUUCUGGGACGUUAAAGGGAAGAAGAAAGAAUACGAGGAAUGGGUCAGGCAGGGAGGCAAACAGUAG